UGUGCUGAACAGGAAAUUCGUUUGAAGCAACAACAGACUACAUCAAUAUAAUCCCUUAGGAUACGACAAGGUACGCAUGUUGUACUACACUGGUCCCAUGGCCACUGAGGAGAUUGCAAGCAAUGGAGUCAGAGCAGGAGGCUUUUCCCGACAGAACUCGGGCACUGCUGGGUCACUGGAGAUAGACACUUUCCUCAUGUCCCGGUCCCUGAAGUUUGUGCACAAGCUGGAGGACCAGUACGUGUGCCCCAGCUGUGGCCGGGUAGUCCUGAACCCCCAUCAGACAGGCUGCGGACACAUCUUCUGCUACCAGUGUAUCAGAGCCUUUCUGGAAAACAGCUCAGUUUCAAAGUGCCCCAUAGACAAUGCUUUGAUAAAGUCUAAUGAGGUUUUUCAGGAUAACUGCUGUAAAAGGGAAAUACUGAAUUUAGAAAUAUACUGCACCAACUCUCCAAAUUGUUCCUAUACAGUGCCUUUAUGCCGUUUGCAGGAGCAUCUGAAGACUUGUUUGUAUGAGUCUUUGCAGUGCUCCAACCCUGGCUGCACCGAGGUCAUGUACCGCAAGGACCUGAAGGAGCAUACUGAGAGCAUCUGUGUCUACCGCAUGGAGCCGUGCCCUCACUGCAAAAGACAUUACAUGCUUAUCCAGAUCAAGGAUCACGAAAACACCAUCUGCCCUGAGGUUAUAGUCCCAUGCCCCAACAAAUGCACCCAGAUGAUAAAAAGACAUAAGCUGAAAGGCCAUUUCAAUGAGUGUCCUGAGGUGGAGACGGACUGUGUUUACAAGAAAUACGGCUGCUCUGUCAGGGAGAAGCGGGUGAAGGUUCAGGUCCAUGAGGAUGCUGCCUUGAAUGACCAUCUCUUACUUGUUUUGGAGAACAAUACCAAGUUGGAGAAACAGAUUGAUGGCCUCCAGCAGAGCCUGCUACUGAAGCACCAGGAGCUCCAGGAGAGGACCAGCAGCCUGGAGAGGGAGGUCCAGCCCUUGGUACAGCAGGUGACCAAGAGUGACCACAUGCUUUCUGCUGUGCAGAGGUCCCUGGAGGAGCAGAAGGACCGCGUCUCUACUGUCCAACUCCAGCUGCAGCAGCUGACGCGGGCAUUAGGCCAGGACUCUGCCCGCACAGAGCUGGUCCAGCUCAAGAGCUCACUGGAGACACUGAGGCAGCAGGUGUCUGUCAUCGAGGGCCUGAAGGAGCGACUUGGUGUGCUGGAAGACAAUUACAUGCGUCAUACUCGGCUACUCAACAUCCACGUGGACCAACUCCAGCGUAACGACGAGCGCUUCCAGGAACUGGAGUCCACCUCAUACAACGGCAAGCUCAUCUGGAAGAUCCGGGAGUACCAGAAGAAGAAGAAGGAGGUGACCCCAUUUUUGAUCAGCGUGCCCUUCUAUACCGGCCGCAGUGGCUACAAGCUAUGUGCCCGGGCCUACCUGAAUGGGGAUGGGCAAGGGCGAGGCACCCAUCUCUCCAUUUACGUGGUCUUAAUGAGGGGUGACUUCGACUCUCUUCUGCGGUGGCCCUUCCAGCAGUCAGUGACCCUCACCGUGCUGGACCAGAGUGGUGCCCGCAACGACAGCACAGGCUCCUUCAAGCCCGACCUCACCAGCGACAGCUUCCACAGACCCACAUCUGAGAUGAAUAAAGCCACAGGUUUCCCCUGCUUCAUCUCCCAUGCUGACCUGGAGACCCCUAAGAAUGCUGCCUUUGUGAAGGAUGACACGCUUUUCAUCAAAAUCAAAGUGGACACAACUGGCAUAGAAGACUUGUAGUCUUUCACACUAAACCAGGAAGUCUGAAAGUCAAGCAUGGGCAUAAAUUAUUUGUAGUACAUAUACUUUAUUUUCAGAUGUACACAAAUGCUAUGUUUUGUUUGGAUAUAAGGAGAUGACAUAAGCAAGUAAUAUUAUUGCGAUACAUUUUAAUGCAUUCCACACACAAUUUCAGAUGAUAUAUGACAUCUCAUAGAUGAUAACGUACACAGAAAAAUAAAUUUUUCUUUAGUACCAACUAGCAUGGUCAGUUACAUUUGUAUAAAUGCUUUUUGAAAAUUGGUCCGUGUUUUGUAAAUGCUUUAGCAUUUUGUGACCUGCCUAGCCACUAUAUAGUUCAUUCCAGCGCUUACCUGGUCAAAACUAAAAACCCUCCUUUUCUGUUUCUUAAAAAUGUAGGUACAUUUUACUUCACAAGUUAACAGUUGCUUGCAUGGUAUAGGACUGAAGGGAUACUAUUUUUGUCCUCUUGUAUGUGGAAUUCUCAGUUUAUAUGAUCAUUGAAACAUUUAAAAAUAGCAACUGAAACUAUUCUGUGGGAGGCAACUAACCAGAGUUAUUUCCAAUCAACAGGAUGUU